GCCCGGGGCUUUAAGCGCUGGGGACUGGACAGAGAGCCGCCGGACUCUGGCGCGGCUCACUCUGGUGCGGGCCAGCUGAGGGCGCGCGCCGAGCGGUCCGCGGUCGCGAGCGCGCGAGCACCAUGGACGCGCCGAGUCCCGGGGAGCCCGGGGCGCGCGCUGCCCAGGCCCCGGGAGAGCCGGCGGAGAGCGGGAGCGCGAGCAGGCCCCGGGUCUGGCGGGGCUGGGGCCCCGUGGAGCUGGUCGUCUUCUUGGCCAACUUCUCGUUGGCGCUGCAGCGGCCGCUCACCACCCAGUACCUGUGGCACCGCCUGGGCGCCGAGGUGGGCUACAACGGCACCAGCCGCGGGGGCGGCUGCAACCACACCGAGGACCCCAAGCAGCAGGAAGUGGAGACCCUGACCUCCCACUGGAGUCUCUACAUUGAUCUGAGUGGCUUCUUCGUGGGGCUUUUCUCAGCCACCCUCCUGGGCCCAUGGAGUGACCGUGUUGGGCGGCGUCCACUGCUGGUGCUGGCCUCCUCUGGUCUCCUGCUUCAGGUCAUUGUGUCCAUCCUCGUCGUGAACUUGGAACUCCAUGUCGGCUACCUCGCCCUGGGACGCCUACUUUCUGCCCUUCUAGGGGACUAUAAUGCCCUUCUGGGCACCAGCUUUGCCUCUGUGGCUGAUGUCAGCACCGCCAGCUCACGCACCUUACGCAUGGCGAUGUUGGAGGCCUGCCUGGGGAUAUCCGGCAUGUUGGCCAGCAUCGCAGGGGGUCACUGGAUCAAGGCCCAGGGCUAUAUCAAUCCUUUCUGGCUGGCGCUGGCCAUCCUCAUCACCACCACGCUCUAUGCAGCAUUUGUGUUCCGAGAGUCAGUGCCUCAGCCGCAGAAAGCUUCUCUCUUUACACUCCAGCAUUACCGGUUAGUGUAUCGGCUCUUUGCAGCCCCUGCCCCAGGGAAAUCCAGGAAGAAUCUGGCCCUCUACCUGCUGGCCCUUUUCCUGGUGCUCACCAUUCAUUUUGGAACCUGGGACAUUGCUGUCGUGUACGAGCUAAGCUGGCCCCUGUGCUGGGGCUCUGAUCUUAUUGGCUAUGGCUCAGCGGCCCAGCAUCUUUCCUACCUGGUCGGCCUCGUGCAGCUGUGGGUCUUCCAGCUGUGCCUGAAGGACAGUUGGGUGGCGGAGAUCAGCCUCGCCUUCAACAUUGUGGGAAUGGUGGUGUUUUCUGUGGCCAGAACCACAGCACUGAUGUUUACAGGGUAUGGGAUCCUCUCUUUCUCAUUGGUGGUGACUCCAGUGAUCCGAGCCAAGCUCUCUAAGCUGGUCAACAAGACAGAACAGGGUGCUCUCUUCUCGUGCAUUGCCUGUGUGAGUGGAAUCGCCAUGCUAUCCGCCACAGGAAUCUUCAACUCCCUCUAUCCAGCCACCCUGAACUUUAUGAAGGGCUUUCCCUUUCUCCUGGGAGCUUUUGUUCUUCUCAUCCCAGCCAUUGUGAUUGGAGUGCUGGAAAUCUCUGACCCUCGAUCUGAAUACCAGGAAACACUUUAUUGAAGCCCCCUAACUCACUCUGAGACCCACCAGGAGAAGAGGUGGAGCUUCUGAUCGCUGCUUCAGCAAAUGAGAGCAGAGGGCAGGACUGUUUGCCAGCAGAAGUGUGGACUUCUACCCCACAGGCUUUACCCUCAACCUUUCUGUCCUCAGAAGAGAGGUGAUCAGACCAGUUGGUUAACUACAGCCAGACUGACCUAGGACAAAAUUGUGGGGGAAAACCCCCUCCUUUUUAGCAAAAUUGGAAAUAUUGAAAAAUAGCAUUUCUCUGAUCUAAAAAUCCUCUGUAAACUUGUCUCUUUAGGAGAGUGGGUAGAACCAAACCUUUCUGCGGGAAAUGGAUCAAGAUUCAGUUAUUGCAUCUGAACCUCCAGGACCCCAUUUGGGGAUUUCUUGGGGAUAUUUAAAGAUAGUGGAGUUUUUCACUAUCUUUUCCAUUUCUUCCACUCA